ACCGCUACCUUUACCUACUGAGAGUCUAGAGCGCACUGUCCCGUACCAGAGUCAACCUGAGAGCCGAUGAGCCUGAUUCAGGAUGGCUACUACUGAGCUGGAUGGACUGAUUACAAGGACGACGAUAAUACUUGAGAAGCCUGCAGACUGGGGGGAAUGAAUCUUCCUACGAAAGGAUAGCACAGACAGGCAUCAACUGUGGUCAAUGAUCAAUCCAGACCUUGACAAGACGGUCCUUGAGAAGCUUGAGGAGCCAGCAGCUGUUGAGCCGGAGCAAUACCAUGAUGAGACAGAGGAGGAUACUGGCAUUGUGCUCAGGGAUAUGAUAACUGAGGAGUUCCAGCGAUACCAGCAUGCAGAGAGGAACUACGAUUGAGCACUGGCCAGAUACACAAUCAAGAGAAAAGCAUUGAACAACUUUACUCGAAGAUUGGCCGAAUGAUCAGCCGCCAACACAUACAUCUCAUCCAGAGCGACAAUACUGCGUACGCUCGACUGAAGAAGCUGAAGAAGCACCUCUGCCCAUCAACAGCUGAGAGAGAGCUGCAGCUGAUAGCCAAGUAUUGUCAAUUGCAGAGUCGACCACGAAACAACAUUGACAGCUGGCUUGAGGAGUGGCUACAUGUUGUACGGCAGUGCAAGUCAGCUAAUCUGCCUGAUGUUACA